GCAAGACGGGAAGGGGGGGGAGAGUAGAUCCUAGUAGGCAAUCUGAGAACGGGAAGUGGAUCUGUUGGAGGCUGCCGGGAUUGGGUUACUUUAGUGUGUGGAGUCCAUCUUCAGGGGGAAAAAAAUGGCUGUUUUGUCAAUGUAAACAGCCUGAGCAGUACCUGCACUGCUAAAGGGGAGGGGGGGAGGAGGAGGAGGAGGAGGAGGGGGCAGAAGCUGGAGGAAAUGUUGCCUCUUCCAAUGAAAAUUUCCCCCUGCCUGCUGCAGCUCUUGGAAGUCAUGCAUGUUGCAUGUUAAGGUUUUAUUCUCCAGAUCACAUGGCUAAAGGAUCAUCAGUCCCUCAGCAGACCUCAAACCAGAGGGAAGACACCUGUGUCGACCAUGAGACACACUAGGCUCUAAGCGGCACAACAACAUCCGCACACAGAUUGAAAAUACAUCCUACAGUUGAAACACCUGACCAUGGCUGUAACUGCAGCGAAGACACCUACAAGUUUUCUCUCCACAUCUGCCACGACCACCGCGAUCCCCUUCCUCUCGACGAGCUCGAGCACCAGAGACAAUGUCACCUCCAGAACGACAUUAAUGACUGUUACUAUAACAACAAACGAGACCAGCUUCAACGCCACCACAUUCCCGGAGGCUGUGAUCGAGGGCUCGGGAAUGGGAAUGGUGCUCGUACCCUUUGGCAUCAUCACUGUCAUUGGCUUAGCAGUGGCAAUUAUGCUGUACAUUCGGAAACGGAAGCGGUUGGAGAAGCUGAGGCAUCAGCUCAUGCCCAUGUACAACUUUGACCCGGCUGAAGAACAAGAUGACCUGCUGGAACAGGAACUACUGGACCACGGCCGGGAAGGCAGCCUCGCAGGUCCCAAUGCCAAGUUUUGACAAUGGCAUAAUGGUAAAAGGCAAACAUGGUAAAGUAUCACCUGCGUGUCUUUGGAACCAUCUCUCUAAACCUCUUUAUUCCUCACAAUUCUCAUUCUUUCACUCUGUCAUUAUUUCAGUAUCUCAAACAAAAACCAAUAGGUUAGAUGUUUGUAAUUCAUUUUUAGAUGAAUAAUUUUUUAUGUUAACUAAUCUAUAUAAAAGUAGAGGACACACACCAACACACUUUACAUUUGAACCUACAUCCAUAUUAUCUUUCACCCUUUCCUUCCUGCUCCUUCAACUUCGACUUUAACAGCAAAUAUUCCAGGGGCCACAUGGACACAGAAAGUAUGCAAAACAACCGUGUUAUCGCCACUUAAUCCUGAUGUGUGUAGUACACACACCAUCACACUUCUGCCACUGGUAGAGAACGGUCAGUGUGAUAUGUUGAGGAGUACUGAUAAAGAAAAAUAACAAAUCACUGCUUUGUUUGUUUUAUAUGGUGUUCCAGCCAUUUUUGUUCAGCAGCCAAAGUUUCCUAACAUGAACUGAAGCUCACAAUCUCAAGCUCAAAGCUUUGCAUCUUAUACAUGGCAACUGAACCAAUCCCAUGACAACUGAGCGAACUUGAUUUUUUGAAGUACAUGAAAUGCAGUUGAAAGCCUUCAAAAUGGCAUGUCUUUUUUUUUUUUUUACAUACUUUAUUUUGAGUUUGCAUAUGGUUUUAUACAUGUGGCCUCUGGUUCAUUUUCUCCAGUGUCAAUCAUUUAAUUUAGCUGUUUUGAUGGUCCUAAAAUUAACAAGACAUAAUAUUACACCGCAACAACCAACUACUCUGGUCCUUACAAUUCAAGGCUGGAGUCACCAUGUGAUCU